UCAUGCUCCCCCUCAACCACACAGACACUCCUCCUAUGAGCAUUUGUGAGGCAGCUCCUGUCCCUUAUGUCUCUUUGUGGGGAACAGAACAGACUUCCCAGAGCAUCACUGAAGACAAGACAGACCUCUAGGGACGACACCCCAGCUGCAGACCUCUAUGCAACCCUGGCCUCAACUACACUGGAUGCCAAUAUGGGCACGGGGAGAGGAGACGCAGACCUACUCAAGCUGGAGUAAAACAUCCAGAGGUCCAAAACAAGAGGUGGAACUUAACAGCUGGACAACCCGAGAGGUCAAUUUUGAGUUGAAGACGACAUGAUCAGCAGAUCAAAAUCAACAACGCUGGACUGGAUCGCUAAGGAAAAGGUGGAGUCUGAAUUUGAGCUUUCAGUUUCUCUUUAGAAAAGUUUUGUAAAAGAAGAAUCAACAAAGCACUCCAUAUCUUUUGCAGCUACUGAAGAUAAAAGCAUCAUUUGAAUACGUACAAAUGUGGGAAAGUGGAUAAUUUAGCUUCGUAUUUUUGGUUUUUAUCAGGCUCCAGAACCCUUUCCAAAUAGUCAUUUGUGGUAUGAAAUUGAGAUGCUCUUUAAAGAACAUCUUUCAAGGUCCCAACAGUGCUCUUAAUUCACCAGCCAGGCGUUUAUCUUAUUUCUCCAGCUCUUUCUGAGAGGGAGCAUUAAAGACAUUGUUGAUAGUGCUCUUGGGGAGCGGGUAAUAUUUCUUAUAUGAAGUCUUGAAACUUUAUAGUUGUGGACUGGAAGGAAAUAGAAGUGUCACAGGCACAAGAAAACGAUGUUAAGCUGUAUUUCAUGUGGGGAAAGUGUGUAUCUGGAUUAAUAUUACAGUCUAGCACGGAGGACUUCAGAAAUGUUCACAGGGUGUGGAGUCGUCAGCGGCCAGAAUCAGUACCUGAACAGAGAUGCUGUCAGGCCCCACCCAGGACUGGAGGCAAGUAGACCAAUCCAAAUGGGGAAUGGGGUAACCCCAGGGACGUGCCCUGUUUAUCAGGGUCAAAUUUACAGCAAUGCUGGCCAGUCAGCAGUGGUCAACAAUGUUUCCAGCCCACUGAAGACAGCACCAUUACCAGUCCCUCUUUCUGCACUCAAACUAGGACAGGAAGGGUUCAAAAAAGUGUGUCGAACUGAGGAGGACAGUCCCUGCCCCUUCCCAGGACUGGCUUCUGGGGUGCUGGAGAUGCGCGUGAAGGAGGGAAGCAAGAUCCGUAACUUAAUGGGAUUUGCUAUGGCACGGAUGCAAGGAGAGAAGGGUGUAAGUGGGGGAGGUUUGAGCGAUGGUGGGCUCCGGCAAGUGGUCUUCACUGGGUCAGGUCGUGCAGUUACUAAGACCAUCACCUGUGCUGAGAUCAUGAAACGAAAAGUGGGCUGUCUGCAUCAACUGACCAAACUGCGGUACAAGGUGGUGAAAGAGGUGUGGGAGAGUACUGAAGGGGGGAAUUCUGAAAUGACAGUGCACAGGACUGUACCCUCCAUCAGCAUCCUUCUUUCCAAAGAUCCUCUGGAUCCCCAGGAACCAGGCUAUCAGCCUCCAGAGACUCUCAGUGCAUUGUGGGAGGAGAGAGAGGGUGCCGAACCUGCCUCACAUACAACAUGCAAGAGACCUCUUGGACCUUUGCCACACAGCAGUUUCCCUAACUGUAAGAGAGUGUGUUUAGGGGAAGGAGUCUCAGUCCUCCCUCCUCACUGACUGGCUGAACUGGUGUCACAGAGGAGAGAAUUGAAUCAGAGGAGUUCAUUUGCCACUGCACUCCACUCAAGCACAAUGCUGAGACAAUCAGAACAUUCACUCAGACAGAACAGUGCUUUCUCAGAAGAACUGACUACUAGUUUCAGCCUCCAGAGGUCAGUUUGACUGGGACUUUAAAGCUUGCCUCUGUACAUACAGCAUUUACAGGACAUCUUUCUUGGUAUGUCCAACAUGGUCUCUCACAUCCACAAAACUAUGAUGAUGUGUGUUACCUUGUUAUGAGAUCUUGGACAGAUUUCCAUCCCAUUUCACACAGACAAAAAGCCAUGAACACCACAGGUUCCAGAUUACUGCAUUGAGUAAACUAUCUACAAUCUGUAGAUAAAAUAAUUUUUUAAGCAUUAUGUUACAAUCAUGUCUUUUCCUCUAUGCUUUUAAAUAGCUUUUUAAAACACACAACAUAGAUCCAAGAGCACAAAAAAACAACAACAGCUUAAAGCCAUUGACGAUAUAACAAAUGCAAAACAUACACUUUUUUUCUGUCUAUUAUUAACCAUCAUGAAAACAAAAUUAAAUAAACAUUUUUUUUUCCAAUGGAAUUUUUCUUUUGUAUUUCAUCUUUCUUACUCUCACAACACUGAAUUUGCAAAGCUCUGAUUGAACAGAAAAUCACAGUGUGCUGAUCUUUUGAUAAGAAUAACGGCAGUGAAAUUUGUCUGCAGAAAAAGCUGAUUUAAUGACAAAGCUGUUGAUAAGGCACAGCUCCUAAACCAACCCAGCCUGACAGAAAUGCCUAGGGCAGAAAUACAGGGACAGAUUAUCAUUAAGAUAACAAUAUAACAUCACACAACACAGUGGAGAAAAGGAUUAAAACUAGGCUUCACAGAGCUUCACACUACACUGUUCCUGCAAAAUAUGAAACCAAGGCAACAAGCUACUCUCCUUCCCAAUUCAGCCUAUAGGCCUACAGACCCACCAUAUUUAUUGUCGUCUGCCUCUUCCGCUAUAUUCUUCUAUUUCUCAAGCAAAAUAGUAUGCAGAAAAUUUGGGUUUAAAAGGAGCCAAGUUUUCAAAGUAACACUAUGCACUUGUAGUUGACAGACAUAACAAAUGAAAUGGCUGCAGACUUCCUCCAGCUGACAUUUUUUAUGCAUUGCCUCCCUGCAUUUUCACACCAUUUAGAUGCCAUUUUAGUUGCAAAAGAGGCACCUCUGAGUAAUUGCUGAAGCUUAACUGGAAGCUGCAGACAUCUAUAGCAAUUGGAUCAAAAUUCAACUCUGAGCAGAAUGCACGAUGAUAGGGGAAAAGAAAACAGCUGUGAGCGUAUGUAUUGAAUUUUAUGCAUUAAAGACUUCUUUAAAAAGUUGUGCUAAAGACAAACAAAAUAAAGCUUCACGAGAAACCUUUUAUUCAAAUAGUUAAGAGCCUUUUCCAUUUAAUUAGCCAUAUGUUCGGCAAAUAACUUAGACGAGUGGAACCUUGUCUGAAGCUUAUACUGUUGAUCUUAAUGAAAAUCUGCAAAUGCAAAUGUCGACCUCCAAAAGUAAAUUAAUCAAAGUGACUCCAAACUGGGGACGUAAUUUUGUAACAUUUAAAAUAGAGAAAAAUUUUUAAAAAAGGAGCCAACUCUUACAGCGGUUGCGUAAAUUCCUAUUUCAAAGAAACACAAAUCCUAAUAUUUUAUAAAGUGAUCAGGUAGCACUUUAACAGUCUAUAACGGACAUAGUGAUUAACCUCCCUCUCGAUCCCAUUAAAUGAAUCAGAGCACAGCAGAGAGCCCAAGGUUGAAUAAGAAAUGCUGCGACUGCAAUACAGCACAUAUGUAGCAAACUGCGUGUCCUCGAGACUGCUGGAAGGUUAUCACUUCAGGUCGUUGUUAUCACAGAGUUAACAGCUUUCACGCCAAGAGCCUAUGGGACAGUCAGUCUGCGAUUCAGGUCAAAAAGAUAAUGCAACUAUAAGUAAAUUUCAAAUCGACCUGCAUCUGUUAUCAGGUAUUAAGAAUUCUGGGCCAAGUGUGAAAUGCAGUGGGGGUAAUUAAGGAUAACGGCAUAGCGUACCUGAGUAAGAGAACAGAUAAAACCUACUGACAAAAGCAUUAUCCUGGAGCUAAAUUCAAUGUGGCUGGCACGAAAUAGCAUGGUGGAGGAGUCAACAAAGUAUAUUAUAAGAAUGUGGACAAGGUUAUUCACUAGCGGAGAGCCUGUUUGCCACCAAUUCGUGUUUUCAAAGAUACCUUCUAUGUGCAUUUUAAGGAGGCACAGGCCUAAAAUGUACUAUUUGUAUUUAGUUAACACUGUACUUACAAACACAGUAUAUUUAAGCUGAAUAGAAACACAGUAGCUCAGGGAAAAUGGAAAAAGGCUGUUCACCACUAGCAAAAUUACACAUUUUUAAUUUUGAAAUAGAUGAUGGUGAAUUUAUUAAAUACUGCUACGAUCAUAUGAUCAGACGGGUAUUCUCCAGGGGCAAAUCUAUUAAGGAGUUGUGAUGCUUUGUUUUUUUUUUUUUUUUUUUUUAAAUUAGUUGAUUUUCCCCCAAAACUGUGUAUACAAGUGUGUUAAUAAGGCAGGUUUACAGAUAUACCUAAAAGUAAAAGGAUGAAAUGAUUUAAAAAAAAAAAAAAAUAUUAGUUCAAAAUGGCAAUGCAGACAAGACACUAUUUUUACUAAAAAAAAAUACUCAGGCAUCCCAAAUACUUAAGUUAUAAAAUCUUAAAAGGCAGAGGACAAUAUUAAGCGAAGACUGAUUGAUGAUAGUCUGUUGUGGCGGACACAACAGUAACCUUCUGUUUACCAAAGGCAAUAACUACAUGCGCUGAAUGUGAAUAAAUUCAUUUUGAAGUUAACAUAAUGAAAGUGUUGGCACUCUAUUUUUCCCCUUCUCUGCCGCUGCAGCAGAUGAGAGUGAGGUCUCUGGGAUGGCGUGGGAGUUCGCUAUCUCCCAGCCUCCAGAUGGCUCCGUCUUCUCUUAUCUAGAAGAAUGGGUGCUGCCUCAAUUUUUCAACUCGCCUUAUCUGGGAAUCCUUUAAAUUGAAUAUUUACUGGGCCUAUGUUUUCUGCCUGUGUUAGCCCUCUGAAGUCGACAUUCCUCUUGCUUGUCGAGACAGGCCAAAAGGUUUUUCUCACUCAUACACUCUCUUUGUCUGCCUUGUCAAGUAAUGGGACAGUGAUUGAUUGUGUGAUUGCGAAAAGAAAAUGGAAGGUUAAGCAGUUAAGCAGAGAGCAGUGAAGACAUAUUAACAAAUGGCCAUGGAGGGAAUAUGUUGAACAAUAGAGAAACGUACAUUACCCAAACAUGACAUCAGGCACUUCCAUUAUAUGUCAGCUGUAAAAUAGAUUAAAUUAAUCAUGUUCCGAACAGUCCAUUGUUUCCUGCACAGUGUACACUAGAGGUUAAGAGAACACUUAAGGAGCCAUUGAAAACAUCUUAUUGCCAUUUGACUGGCUGUGGUCUAUCUGCAUAAACAAGCUGUGCCACAGCUACUCCCUGGUAAGUGUCUGGAAAUGUCUUUUCAAAACCAUUUUGUGAAAUGCCUCCAUGUUGGAUUAAUCAGUGCAGCUGAGGAUGUAAUUGCUGUGCUGAAGUCAAAGCUGUAAGAGCAGAUAAUGAACACUGACUACAGGGCUGCCAGAAUCCAGGGCAAAAGAAAUGAGAAGUUUGGAGACCAAAAUGUCUUCAACAUUCUUUCAGAGGCUGUAACAGAAAGUGAAGGCCCACUGUACUUACACUAAAUAAAGGCCCUUUAAAAAAGAAAAAGAAUUAAGACUCAGACCACCUCAGACUGGUUAGUAACACAGAAGUACUCUUGGUUCAGACAGUUGCAUUGUGCAGUUAUAAUUAUAAAGGAAACAAAGCAAAGAUACAUUUGCUUGAAGGAUUUUUCUACCCUGUUUAAAUAAUUCCUGCAUGUCUUUAUGUAUUUAGGAAUAGCCAUGCAUCUGUCAGGUCUGUAUAUUACAUUGGUAUUUGAUUAAUUUUCUAACAUGAGGGACAGGCUCAGAAAGAUGAAGAAAACUAAUUGACUGUUGCUGCCCUCUAGUGGAAAAAUAAGUUCAAAGUCAAACAGAGAAAAAUAUCUUGUAGCUUGAGAGUGCGACUACUAAUAUAUCUGAGGGACAUUUAUGAAUCUGUUCACUACAGGGUUUUCACAACGAAGCUAAAUGGUGAAAGAACAGACCACCAUUACUCAAUGAACUUACUUUCUACAAGCAUGUUUUUUUUUUAAGAAUAUAACAGAGCAAAGCUGAAAGCCCUGAUUAAAAAUAAAUGUAACAGUUAGGCAAUCUUAAGGCUGGCAUGCUGAUCUUCUUUUUUCUCAAAUACAAUAUUUCACACUUUUAUCAACAGUUUCCCACUCUUGCAGAAAAGAGAGGACUCAAUUAUAAAAGGUCUACUACGUAAUGAAAAUGACUCCGUAAACACUGUGAAAUCUUGUAUAAAAGGAAAAGUCCUUGUUGAUAAGGUGCUAGAGGUUAUGCCCAAAAAGUGAAGAACAUUCACAGACACAACACAAACCUUUAAAGUGUGUGUCUGCAUAAACAAACAUACGUCUGUGUUCUUUCAAGAUGUAAAUGCUCAAGUUGUAAGCUGGAUAUGAGAAGGUCUUCUGGCUUUUCAAGCCUUUGUCUUUUGAUCUCUACUGUCAAAAUGUACAGAUACAACAUGAGGAAUAUGGAGAACUGUGAUUAAUAUGGUGACUGAACUUCUCUAAAAUACUGGCCAUGUUCAUAGAUGAAUGAUCAGCACACUUAGAUUGUGCUACUUGGAGGAAACAAAGCCAGUGUGAUCUACACUGUAAAAGCACUAACAAGCAAGCACAGUGUUUUUGUUGAGAAUCUUACACUUGAAGGAACGCAAAAUCUUUAUACCACUCCACAGACAUGACUCCCAUGUCAAAUGAUGUCAAAUGUUUUUGGUUACAUGCUUGGAAUGAUUUUUCAUCAUAGAUCUGCAAAUAAUCUGACUGGAUAUCCUUGCCUAUUGCUUUCUCAUGCAAUAUAGUGGUGGAAAAUAUUUCAUACUACUUUUCUUCAAUAAUCGUCAUGUUGUUCUGAUACUUGGGCUGUCACUGAUUUUUUGUAUAUUCCAGAAUGAUACUAUAAUUGUACAGUGUACACUGAGUAAAUAUUAAAGUUAAUAUUAUAACUCUA